AUGUGUCCAGUCUCCAGUGUGACUCUCGUACCAGAGAGUCUUCUCUCUUUCUGGUCUGGGAUCAGAUCAUCCUCUCACAAACAAACCAAAGACUCGGUGCCUCCAGGGACGUUUGGUCAGAGUGCUUCAGUCGGCUUAGGCCACACAAAGUCUGCUGCUGCGUCCAAACUGAAGCUCCUGCAGUCAGACGGCUGGCUGGACGGACAUACGGUCUCUCUCCACUUCACCUUGUUCAGCCCUGCACCAAACCUGUUCACCAGUGUGACCCUGCACACUGAGCAGAGCCCCCCCCGCUGGCCUACUGCCCUCUGCCAGGGUCCACUCCUCUUCCUCGUCCUGUCUCUGCUGCAACUCUGUCGUCAAGUGUACGCUGUAGGGGAGCAAGGGCUGAUGGGAUACUGGAGGACUCCCUGCAACUGGCUGGAAGUGUACGUGGGACACUAA